GCGCCCCCGGCCCCGGGCCCGUCCGCCGCCACCAUGGCCCGGCCGCUGGUGCCCAGCUCGCAGAAGGCGCUGCUUCUGGAGCUCAAGGGGCUGCAGGAGGAGCCGGUGGAGGGCUUCCGGGUGACCCUGGUGGACGAGGGCGACCUGUAUAACUGGGAGGUGGCCAUCUUCGGGCCCCCCAACACCUACUACGAGGGCGGCUACUUCAAGGCACGCCUCAAGUUCCCCAUUGACUACCCCUACUCUCCGCCGGCCUUUCGCUUCCUGACCAAGAUGUGGCACCCCAACAUCUACGAGACUGGGGACGUGUGCAUCUCCAUCCUUCACCCCCCCGUCGAUGACCCCCAGAGCGGGGAGCUGCCCUCGGAGCGGUGGAACCCCACGCAGAACGUCAGGACCAUCCUCCUGAGCGUCAUCUCCCUCCUCAACGAGCCCAACACCUUCUCACCGGCCAACGUGGAUGCUUCCGUGAUGUACAGGAAGUGGAAAGAAAGCAAAGGCAAGGACCGCGAGUACACGGACAUCAUCCGGAAGCAGGUCCUGGGGACCAAGGUGGACGCGGAGCGGGACGGCGUGAAGGUGCCCACCACGCUGGCCGAGUACUGCGUGAAGACCAAGGCCCCGGCGCCCGACGAGGGCUCGGACCUCUUCUACGACGACUACGACGAGGAGGCCGAGGCCGAGGCCGAGGCCGACAGCUGCUUCGGGGACGACGCGGACGACUCGGGCACCGAGGAGUCCUGACGCCGCGCGCCUCCGCAAAUAAACUGAUGGAGUUUACCUCAGCCGCCCACUCUCUGCCGCCGCCGCUACCUCCGGACACUGCGUCCGCCCUGUCCCCGCCGCCUCCGGGGAGGCCGCUGCGCUCGCGGCCCCGGGUGGGCCCGACGCCGCUCGGGGACCCUGGCCCGCCCGCCCCACCCACCAGCCGGAGCCAGAGACUCGGGGUCCCGGCUGGAGAGCGGACAGAUGGACUCGGGGUCACCUCUUCUCUCUGCUUGCGGUUUGUUUGGAAUCUAAAUAAAGCGACUUUAUGAGAAGCCCGAGGAGCAACCUCUCCUUGGCCUUGAGGCCGACGGGGCCCGGGCAGGGACGCAGGCCCUGGUGCCACGCGUGUGACCCGAGGCAGGCAGGCGGCAGCCGCCCCGCCGAGCCUGGAAGCUCCCCGGGGGUCUCCUGUCAGGUUUGCUGAUUUGCGGGGAGGGGCCGCAGAGACCGGGGUCUGGCCAGGCGGGGGCCU